UGUAAAAAGCGAGAGCAGAGACGGGAGUUCACCGAAGCGCGGCGUUUUAAGAUCUCGAAGGGGUCUCCCCUCGCUUCUCCUCCGUGAAGGCCAAAUUUCUCCAUUGGGAAUCAUCACAUCGAUCUCAUAGUUCGAUUUUCUCAUUCUGCUUGGAUCCGUUCUGCUCCCCUGAAUGCGAUCGGGUUCGACUUCUCCGGCGGAGAACCAAGAAGAUUCUUCCUAGGCUUCUGAUUUGAUCGUAAUUCUGCGGCAGGAAUUUGGGAUUUCGCUUCUCGGAGAGAAGAAGUUGGGCGCAAUUCUACAGUUUCUGUGAUGAAUUGCUGAGGAUAACCUGCAAAAGAUAGAAGAUAGAUGGAGGUCCAAGGGAAGAAAGUAACUCAUGAUUUCCUUUCGCUUUACUCCUCGGAUUCGUCAUUGCAGCUCCAAGAUCCAAGGCCUCCCUCACAAGGCUUCUUUUUGAAGACGCGAGACUUCCUUCAACCGCCAGAGCGGGGAAAAGAGGAGGACGCUGUCCCGGUCGAGAGGCCGGCGGAGCAACCGCUUCCUGGCGAGGUGGGCACGUACGCCAUCGGCCAUGCGGCGGGCGCGGUGAAGCCGCAGCGGAGAGGGUGCAGCGAGGCGCCGGGUUUCCCUGCCGGGUUACAGACCAAACCCGAACCCGAAUACGGUGGCCGGACCACCACCACCGCCAGCUAUCGCCACGCCGGCGGCACUUCUUACACGCCGUGGGACGACAACGACACGGAUUCGGGAGGGCAGAGGACGUCACACUUUGCUGCCGCAGGCGAAUGCCACGAUUCUGGACCCAUCCCCGCCACCGUCGCCAUAGCCGCAGCCACCACUGGCAGGCAGGACUCAACGCCAGAGAAGAAGCAGCUGACAGAGACUGCCACAUCGAGAUCCAGUCGAGCUUAUGAUGGAGUGGAAGAUGAGGAUUUUACAAAGAGGGAAGGCUCUUCCGCCAGUAAAGAUUUGACCAUCAAAGUGGAUGGAAAAGCGAGCUGCGUCGAUCAGAGACCAAACAACCCACGAUCAAAGCAUUCUGCCACAGAGCAGAGAAGAAGAAGCAAAAUCAAUGAUAGAUUUCAAAUACUCAGGGAGCUCAUACCUCAUAGCGAUCAGAGGAGGGAUAAAGCUUCGUUUCUCAUGGAGGUCAUUGAAUACGUCCGUUUCCUACAAGAGAAGAUACAGAAGCAUGAGUCAUCACCCCCAGGAUGGAAUACGGACAAUACCAAGUUAAUACGAUGGAACAACAGCCAAGUCCCUCCAAAUGGUUUAUCUGUCCCACCUCAUGUAGUGAAAAAUGAUUCUGCUCCUCCUGCACAUGUGUUCUCCAAACAACUUGAUGAAAGUAGAGUUCCAGUUGUACCUCCUUCCCCAUUAAGUCUGCACAGUCCACCCGCUACAGGUCAUACUGCUGGUGUCUUUUACAAGACAAAUAGUAACCUGGUUGCCACACAGAAUCUAUUGCAACCAAGGUUGUUCCCUGUUGGAAGCGAAACUAGCAUUUCUCAGUCACAGCAGAGGCUGGCUGAUGCUGGUACCAUGGCAUCCCACAAUCGAUCUCCCUGUGUAAGAACAUGCAGCCUUGCUGAUUGUUCUGUUAGCAAGCAGAUGUUGAAUGAACAAGAGGAGCUGACAAUUGAUGAGGGCACAAUUAGUGUGUCUACUGUUUACUCCCAUGGGUUGUUAAACACGUUGACUGAGGCAUUGCAAAGCUCUGGCAUAGAUCUGUCUCAAGCCAAUAUCUCUGUACAGUUUAAAUUUGGCAAGCCACCAAUUAAUAAGAGGCCUGAUGCUACAGCCACAACUUCCACCAUUAAGGAACCAGAAGAUCCUGCAUCAUGUAAUCAAUCAAUUGGUUACCGCAGGAUGGGGAUCAGUGGCGAGGAAUCAUCACGAGCAUCCAAAAGACACAAAGCUCAUCGAUAGUACUGCAUUCGUUGGCCAUUAUAGUUUGAUUUUGUCAUAAUGAUGAACUCUUCGUAUGAAUGUAUAUUCUGUUCAGCCUUUGUGGCCUGUUGAGGUGUUUGGGAACUGUUGUGUUCAUUCUUUCAUUUGCAUUUCUGUCUUUUCGCAGUGGCCUCCAUGACAAUCGUGGGUGGGGCUGCUUCAUUUUCAAGCCUCUUCUUUUUUUUUUCCCCUUGUAAAAUGAGUCUUGCUGUGGGUUAACAAUAUAAGUUCAAACUUAUGACAGUGUAUCAAUAAAUCCUUUAUAAUAUAUAUCUACACUUGAUGUA